AUUUUCAAUUCAAUAGCAUCUCUAAAUCAUAUCCAUAAUAUUAUUGCAUUAACCCAACUUUGAAAUCCCACUUUUAGGCAAAUCCUAAAUUUACUAAGUCAUCUUCCGGUAUUUCUGUUCCCCCUCCCAAUUCUCAGCCACAAGAAUAACUCCAAAUCGCUCUCUUUCUCACACCAAAUUCUUCUCCUAAAAUUCUUCCCUUUUUCUCACUUUCUCCCCCCAUACAACUCCUCAACCCUGCCUCUUCAGGCACGGUUGAGUUUUCUCUGUUUCUCUCUGUUUUUCCCCUGUUUCUCUUUUUCUCCUUAACAAUGGAGAAAAAGGGUACUAUUUUAAUGCAAAGGUACGAACUUGGGAGAAUGCUUGGACAAGGCACUUUUGCAAAAGUCUACCAUGCUCGUAAUCUCAGGUCUGGCCAGAGCGUGGCCAUUAAAAUCAUUGACAAAGAGAAAGUUCUACGUGUUGGGUUGAUCGACCAAAUCAAAAGGGAAAUCUCUGUCAUGCGCCUUGUUCGCCAUCCCAAUGUGGUGCAGCUUUAUGAGGUUAUGGCUAGUAAGACCAAGAUCUAUUUUGCUAUGGAGUAUGUCAAAGGUGGGGAGCUUUUCAAUAAAGUGGUUAAAGGAAAGCUUAAAGAAGAUGCUGCUCGUAAGUACUUUCAACAGCUUAUUGGUGCUGUUGAUUAUUGUCAUAGCCGUGGUGUGUAUCAUAGAGAUAUCAAGCCUGAAAAUCUCCUUCUUGAUGAGUUUGGGAAUCUCAAGAUUUCGGAUUUUGGGUUGAGUGCUUUGGCUGAAUCUAGGAGACAAGAUGGCCUUCUUCAUACAACUUGUGGUACUCCCGCUUAUGUUGCCCCUGAAGUCAUCAACAAGAAAGGUUAUGAUGGUGCUAAAGCUGAUAUUUGGUCAUCUGGGGUUGUCCUGUUUGUUCUUCUUGCUGGUUAUCUCCCUUUCCACGAUCCAAAUCUAAUGGAAUUGUACAGAAAAAUCUCAAGAGGAGAAUUCAAAUGCCCUCAAUGGUUUCCCCCAGAAGUUCGGAAACUGCUAUCAAGAAUCCUGGAUCCAAGUCCUCACACCAGAAUAAACAUGGCCAAACUCAUGGAAAAUUCCUGGUUCAAGAAGGGUUUCAAAGCAAAUGUAACAACUCCAAAACAACUUCAAAUAAACCAAGACGUGUCGUAUAUGAGCGAAAUUCAUUCUGCUUUCGACGACGUUAGUUCAGAAGAAGGAAGCUCUAUUAGUAACACAGAUGAGAGUGGAAAGCCACCAACACCAGCUAGAACCCCAAUGAGACAUAAUUCCUUCAAUGCAUUUGACAUCAUAUCUCUCUCACCAGGUUUUGAUCUCUCAGGUUUGUUUGAGAGUGACGUGAAUGAGAGGCCGCAAACACGUUUCACAACAACGAAACCGGCUUCGGCGAUCGUGUCGAAGUUCGAAGAAAUAGCCGAAAUGGAAAGGUUCAAGGUGAUGAAGAAAGAUGGGAUUGUGAAACUACAAGGGAGUAAACAGGGGAGGAAAGGACAAUUGACUAUUGAUGCUGAGAUAUUUGAAGUAACACCUUCUUUUUUUGUGGUGGAAGUGAAGAAAACUGCUGGAGACACAUUGGAAUAUAGGCAAUUUUACAACAAAGACAUGAGACCUUGCCUCAAGGAUAUUGUAUGGACUUGGGAAGGAAAUGAGCAGCAGCAGCAGCAACAACAACCACAAUCACAAACUGUUUAGUUCUUUAUUUUAGAAAUUAAUAUUAGAAAGAAGAAGCUGUCGUUCUUCUUAAUCUUUAUCUUUGUCACCUUUUUUUCUUUUGUUUCUCUACUCCCUAUAUUGAUUGAAUGUGUAAUCAUUCUGAGUUCAUUAAGCUCUUCCUUUUAUUGUUCAACUUCAUCAUACGCUUUGGAAUGUAAAUCCAACGAUGGAGGUUUUGAUUGUUUUUAAAGCAAAGAAACCAAAAAAAAAAAAAAAAAA